UUAAAGUUUAGGCAAUGAGGCAAUUGUAAACAAACUUGCUGCAAUUGUUUAACGUUUUUUAUAACUGAAGAUGUUAAAUGUGCAACGUGCAAUUGGGCUGAAGCAGUGCCUCCGAGCCACACAACGACUCUAUCACAGUGAUGUGCGCGUACGCUUUGCUCCCAGUCCCACCGGCUAUCUGCAUCUUGGUGGCCUAAGAACAGCGCUCUACAAUUAUCUCUUUGCUCGACAUUCAGGCGGUAAAUUCCUGCUGCGCAUUGAGGAUACGGAUCAAACGAGAUUGGUGCCAGGUGCCACCGAGCGGCUCAUCGAGGAUUUGCUGUGGGCGGGCAUAGAAAUCGAUGAGGGACCUGGAUUUGCAGGUGACUAUGGGCCAUAUAUACAAAGUCAACGCCAGGAGCUGUACAGUGAUGCUGUGGAACGUCUGCUGCAGAACGGCAGCGCCUAUCGCUGCUUCUGCACGGAGCGUCGCCUGGAGCUGUUACGCAAGGAAGCACUGCGCACCCGUCAAGUGCCACGCUAUGAUAACAAGUGUCGCCAUCUGACGAAGGCACAGCUGGAACCGCUCUUGGCCAAGGGCACACCACACUGCAUACGCUUUAAGCUGACGGAGCACGAGGAGCCUUUGCAGGAUCUCAUCUAUGGCAGCGUUCAACACAAUGUUAGCGACACUGAAGGUGAUCCGGUCAUCAUGAAAAGCGAUCAGUUUCCCACUUAUCAUCUGGCCAAUGUUGUGGAUGAUCAUCACAUGGACAUCACACAUGUGCUACGUGGCGUCGAGUGGCAAAUCUCAACCACGAAGCAUCUGUUGCUCUACAAAGCCUUUGGCUGGCGACCACCACAAUUUGGUCAUUUGCCGCUGCUGGUCAAUGCCGAUGGCACCAAGUUAAGCAAACGCCAGGGCGACAUUGGCAUACAGCAGUUCCGGGAACGCGGCUACUUUCCCACAGCGCUGAUGAACUACAUUAUCUCGGCAGGCGGCGGCUUUGAGCACAGACCAAAUGAGAAGCCACAGCUGCUUUCGCUUGAUGAACUGGCUCAGGAAUUUCGCAUAGAACGCGUGAACGCGCAUCCAAGUCGUCUGAACUCAGAGCUGCUCAAUGAUUACAAUCAGCUGGAGAUUAAGAGGCGUCUAAGUGGCGAGCAGACACGUCCAGAGCUAGUAAAACUUGUGCAGCAGCUUGUAAAGCAGGCGUAUCCAAGCCACUCCAAUCUGGAUCUGGCGGAAUCGCACAUUCUGGACGUGCUCAACUGGGCGGCACAGCGUCUUCAACUAAUCCAAGACUUGACCAGCAGCAAGCUGAGCUUUCUCUGGGUAAAACCCACUGAAUAUGAGCUAAAAGACUUGACUCCAGCUCAACUGCAACAGUUAAUACCACAAUUGACAGUCUUACCAAAGUUAGAAAAGGAUUCUCUUAAUGAAAUGCUUAAAAACUAUGCCGAAAAGCAGCAAAUUAAGUUCCCCCUGCUGAUGAAGACACUCCGUGCUGCAUUGAGUGGAUUAAAAGAAGGACCCGGCGUGGCGGAAAUGAUGGAAAUAUUAGGAAAAUCCGUAGUACUAGAGCGACUUGAGGAAGCCAUUAAAAAGCAGUCAAUUGUGGAGUCAACGCGAAAGCGUCAACUCUGACUACAUUUUAUUUAAUUCAAGGAAGGAGACAUUACGAUAGUUUUGAUCGUUCGAUUAUGUAUGAUAAUACGUAUUUGUAUAUAGUAUAUAUAAUAUAUAGUUAAUAAACUUAAA